AUGCUCUAAAAAAUUUUAUAAAUUGUUAAUCAAGCUAAAGUCUCUGCAAAUAAAGUGACGCAAUAAUUAAAAAGUGAAAAGAUGCACAUCAAUCAAAUGAAUAAUGCUAAAGAUCCAACCAAACCUACUUUUGAUCAUUUGUCUAAUUUCAAAGAAUAUUCGAAUAUUCUAAAGGAUGUCUACGUAAGUGAUCCUUUCAAAAAACUCAAAGGAUUUGCUAAAAAGGAAAAAGAAUUAUAUAUUAAUCAAUUGUAAAAAACCUUCCCCAAGGAAACAUUGCAACAAUAUAAUCUUAAACUACAGAGUUCUUUAAAUAAACUAAAAAACAAUGCUUUUUGGAAAACAUCAUCUGAAAACUAGUCAUCAUAUAAAAAAUAAUAAACUAACUAUUCAUCAACCAAUUAUACUAAUUAAUAUAAAUAAUAGCAAUAAAACUAAACCCAAUCCAAAUAAGAUAGAUGGACUUAUCAAUUUUGGAAUAAAUACACCAAUAAGUUUUAAUAAGAUGCAUCUGAUCUGAAUAAUUAAUAUUCAUAAAAUUUCGAUGAAUAGAAACAAAAGUUCUCCAAAUUUAAAGAUGCUUAGAAAGCGAGUUUUGCAUUCAUUUAUAAAAAUGUUUUAUAAAAAGCCAAAAUUAUAGGGUAAGUGUCUUUUAAAUAUAUCCUUAUGGGAUUAUUUGUCCUUGGAAUCGCUUAUUCUAUUCCGAAAUCAAUUUCAACUUAUUUUGCUACCAAAGCCACGGUGACUGCUUAAUUAUAGUUUGAAAAUUUAUUAAAAGAAAAUGAAACACUAAAGAUGAAUUUGAAACAAGCUGAAGAAUAGUUAUAGACACUAUAAUAAUAGACAGCAAGAGGAACUAAAAUUGUUUGA